CGUAUAAGCUCGUGUCGACAUCCGAUACCGUCUUCUGAGAAGCGAGGCUCUACGCAACCGGAUUUUGCAGAAGCCACCAACGGCUCAGCGGUCAGCUUUUCGCAUGAAUGACCAUUUCUGUAUGGUCUCUGCAAUGAUGCCGGGACCGUAGAGAUAGUCUCAAAGUUCAUAACUGUGCUGUGCAUACGGCAUCCAUGCAUGGAGUGUGCUAUACAUACAGAAUCAAGACGGAAUCAUCUGCUGGCUCACGCACCAGUGAAAGCUCUGGUUUUUCGCUCAUCGAGUUGACGACGAGAGCAGCCCGAACAAGACCAGACGACCUUGCCAUGGCUUACACAUAUUACAUCUCGUCUACAUCUGGCGUGAGUUUCGCGGUUGGCAAACGCAGUGUCCGUCCUCACAUAAGAUGAUCCAUGUCACGCAUUUCGCUCGGCAACCCAUCGGCACUCUUCCCAUUUCAAUGGCAAUCCGACAUGACGUCCAGACCUUUGAAGCGCCCUCGCCGAUCAAACGGUCUGCCGCGCUUACCAAGCGACAUAGACAACGCAGUCGCGGCCUUGGGCGGGAGAACCCACGCAACCGACCUUACAAACAGUACCAUACAGUCUCAGAAGGCACCAGUCAGUAAGGAACAACGUCUGGAAGAACUCGUGAGAGACUCCGGUCGCCUCAGGCAAGAACUUGACUAUUGGAAAAGCUUGGCUCUCACAGGAACCGCCUUCAUGUCCGAUGUCGAACAAGUUGUGGUACAGCUUCGAGAUGUUUUCAGCCGUUUUGAGAGCGUCAUGAAUGAGACAAACACUAUGCCUGCGGAGGGAAACAUGGGCUCCGGCCAUCCGUCUAAAUUUCGACAGAAGGAAGACGUGGAGGUGCAGGCUGGAGACGAGCCAGACGAGCCAGGAGUAGAGGAUGACCUCGACGUGCUCUUGGCUCCAGUCAGGCGGGGUCGAGAAGGCUAUGACUUUGAGGCCGUUAAGCCGGAGUUGAAGCGGAAGCAGCCACCAUACAAUCCCGGAGGUUGGCUCUGAUAUGGAGCGCACAUGGUCUGCAUCGGUAUUCGCCGAGUCCAUGUUUAUCGUGUGAUAUUGUAUCAUAGAGAGAAAUAGAGAUUUCAUGCCCCUGUACAUACGUACAUAACUGUACAUAUCACCGCUGUCAUUAAUGUGAAUCACUUCUGUCAUC